UCUCCGUGUCUUUAUAUCGAUCGGUUCGUCGGUACAGCGGCCAGGGACAAAGAUUAGGCGGAGCGGCGAUCGAUCCGAUGGCGGCCGUGGCGGCGGUUUCGGGAGGAGGUAAGCGGCGCGGUGCGACGGCGCUGUCGAUCGACGGGGCGGAGGAGUCGGCGGAGGAGCGGGUGGGGCGGCUGAUCCGGGAGAACCCCGUGGUCAUCUUCAGCCGCCGGGGCUGCUGCAUGAGCCAUGUGAUGAAGCAGCUGCUGGCGGCGGUGAGGGCCCACCCAACUUCCAUCGAACUGGAGGAGGCCGAAGAGGAGGCGGCGGCAGCGGUCGCGGCGGGGGGAUCCGGCCUCCCGGCCCUCUUCGUCGGCGGCGUGGCAGUGGGGGGCCUCGAGGGCCUCAUGGGCCUCCAUCUCCGGGACCGCCUUGUCCCGAUACUCCAGGAGGCCGGCGCCUUGACCUAGAUGUCGACGCGUGCUACCGCCGGUGGUCUCCUCACCUGCGACCUGGGUUAAUACAGUAAUUAAUUUCCCUUCUCUCUCUCUCGGUCUCUCGGUCUUUUUUUUUAAUGUAACUUCUUGCAAUUUAGAACUUGGGGAGGAGUUCUACAUGCCUCUCAAUUCAAUCUCACCCAUGGAUGAUCGAGAUGGCAACUCUAUUGUAGAUAGGGACCAUGUCUAAAAAAAGGCAAAACCAAAUUAGACGAAGAUAUCUACCAGUUUGCCCCCUCCUCUUCCUCUAUUUUCCAAUACCGUGAGUAGUAAAAUUCUGUGUUCUGUUCCUUUUCA